UUAUAAAAGGCAGUCUGUACGUUUCUGUCCUUUUUGUCGACCUUAACACAUUUGACACUAGAUAUUUUUAAGAAUGCAAUAUAGCUGAUGUUCUGAAAUUUCUCUGUCAUCACAACGUUACAAAACCUGCACUGAAUUUGACUGGCAAAAUCUUCCAUGGUUUAACAAAUUGAAAGUGCGCAAGAAAUUAUUCACAAUGGGAAAUGACUGUGGUGUUCGUGUAUGAAAGACUGUCGCAGAUAAUCCAUUGUAGGAGGUAAAGCGAAGGUAUCCUGAAAUGGUUAAUGUGAUACAGAAAAACGGAAGUCAUUUUGGAAACAGAAUUGAGGCCAGCCGUUAAUCUAAAACAAGCGUUAGAAAAUUUUGCUUCACACGGUAAUCAGUAGUAUAAAAUUGGUACUUGAAGAUGAUAAUUUUUUCAAUGGUAUGAAAAUGUUCAACGAAAUUUAAGCUGCUGUUCCUUUGCAUAUAUUGCUAUUGCCGAGUCACCUUGUUACUUCGUACAUAUUUGGCACCAAAUAAUUACUUCAAUUUUUCCAUUUAUAAACAUUGCUACGUGAACGGAUAUCUAUUUGGAAUCGCAGUCGUAUAAGUAUUAAAGCUGACUUGCAUAGAUACUUCUAACGCAAUUAAAUGAUUAAAUAUCCUUGUCUAAUCAAGUGGAAAAAUAAUAUUCUCAUUUUAAUAACCAAUUUAACCCGAAAAAAAAAGCAUCUUCAUGAAAUAUUGUAUAUAUCAAAACACAUUUAAAAAUAAGUGCUGCAUUGUGGGAUAACUCGUUGCUUACAUAGUGCAUUUAAAGUGAGAUUUGUGUAUUAAAUGCAUUCUAUAAAUCUGUAGUGUUCUCUCGAAAACUCUAUAUAUCUUAUUUCGUUUAGCAAUGCUAAACUGUACAACAGUUAUUUAGUUCAGCACAACGAUUACAAAAUUGAUACAAAAAAAAAUAUUUACUGGGAAACAUUAGCACAAGAAUAUACCAAUAUAAAACACUUGAAAAUAUUACAGAAAAUGAUGCUCAUGAAAUAUUUGACUUUUAGCUUGAGUUCAAUUGUAUUGAUAGUAAAUUCCAACCCAACGCAUGAGGAUGAAGAGCGAUUGAAAAAUACCUUGCUUUUGAAUUAUAGAAAAGAUAUAAGACCUGUUUUUAAUCUGUAUACAACUAUUGAUGUAAGUAUUAACUUGACUCUUCACACACUGUAUGACUUGGACUUCGUAAAUAACUUACUGAAGGCUCGGUAUUUGAUUUCAGCAUGGUGGACUGAUGAAUAUCUGACCUGGAAUCCAUUGGACUAUAACAACAUUGAACACAUAUAUAUACCAGAAAAUCUUAUAUGGACGCCAUCUCUGAUGAUGUGUAAUUCAGUGAAUGAGCAAGGUGAUUCGAAUAUCAAUCGCGAAGUAUACGUUGACUAUGAAGGAACAGUGUAUUUGUGGUCUCUUAAGUACAUAGAGACCUAUUGCCAAGUCAACGCUUAUACGUAUCCAUUUGAUGUCCAUUACUGCGGAAUAGAAAUGUGUGUUCCUUUACAUUCUCCUAACGAAACAAGAAUACAAACAAUCUAUUACCGGAAUAUGAAUUUUACAGAAAACUACAAGUGGGAUAUUCAUUUCUCUGGUGAGGCAAAUGGCAAAGUCGAAGAAUUCAGUUAUGCAUUAGUGGGAAUGAGGUUACGACGUAAACUCACCGUAGGAAUCCUAGCUAUGUUGAUUCCGACAGUAAUGAUGACUAUUUUAACUGUUUUUGUUUUUCUUCUGCCUCCUGAGUCAGGGGAGAAAGUCUCUUUAGCAACAACAAUAUUUUUAUCAAACGUCUUGUAUCUUGUUCAAAUCGAUAAGAAUACACCAAAAAAUUCGAAAAAUCCUUCACUGCUUAUCUUAUAUUUAAUGUUAUUGUCAAUGUUAAGUGGUAUCGUCACACUUGGAUCUGUGGUUAUAAGCAAGUUGCAUGUUAAUCAAUCAUCUCAAGAAAAUAAAAACAAAACUCAAAAUAACAAAGUUGCAGAUGCUUCAAUAAUUUCCACGGUAAAAUCACAAACUCUUCAUGAAAAAGAACUUCAAAGUAAGAAAAAGAGAAACUGCAUUUCCGAUCACGAAAGACUGGAUGCCAUAUUUCUAAAAAUUGCCAUCGUAUUAUUGGUUAUAAUUUCAAUAGUGUUUUUAGUUUUGUUAUUUGAGUUUGAUGACUUACAAGACCAACAAUAUUUAUGAUGUGUCUGUUAAUUUACGAAUCAUAAUUUUUAUCUUUUAUUUUUCAUAUAUCCUAUAUAUUUUCUUAGACAUUCUAUGAUCACGACGGAGUUUCGGUGUAAUCAAAAUAUUUAAAGAAUUUGCCUUGUACUUCUAAAACUCAGUCCCGAUUGCUACUAUAGAUAUAUAACUGAUAUUAAAUAAUUAAAUGUGCCAUUGCCAUGCUACAGUGUAUUUGAACAAAGUAGUAAUGAAGAGAGUUAUUGCUUUCGCAAAUAAGGCUUAAUUUAAAUUUCAAGCAUGAUAUUAUAAAUUUUAAUAAGUUUGAUAAUUGUAAUUUGGUCAGUAAUUCGUUUCGAAGGUAGUGGCGUAAAAGAUUCAACUGUAAACAGCGACAUUUAUGAAUUAUACAUCUAAGGUUAUGUGUUAUUACAAGAAAUGCAAGCAUAUGGGGAUGCGUCGAAAUAUACGAUCAUGUAACACAUUCAUAUUCGGUAUAUGAAAGUGAGCAUUGAAGAACAGUUAAUAUUGUAAGGAAAUAAGUGACACAGAAAAUAAAAGUGUUUUAACGUCUUUUGAGUUUAGUGUUACACCGUAUGACAUUUUACAUAAUCUCUUUGAUACAUAUAUGUAUAUAUGUGUGUGUGUGUGUGUAUGUGUGCGUGUGUAUAUAUAGGCGUGACUGUGUACGAAGAAUCUUGCUUUCUAACCACAUAGCUCUGGGUUCAGUUCCACUGAAGUGUAUUCUUCACUAACAUCGGGCCGACCAAAAACUUGUGAGUGGAUUUAGUAGAUAAAUACUGCAAGAAGCCCGUCAUAUAUUUAGAUAUUUAUAUGUCUCUAUGUGUGUGACCUUGUGAGUGCGUUUGUCGCCCCCAUCAUCGUUUGAGAACCGUUUAUUCCACAUAACGUAGCAGCUCGGCAAAUGAGACUGAUAGGCUUUAAAAAUAAGUCCUGGGAUCAAAUUGUUUGAUUAAAAUCUAGCAUGGCCGCAAUCCAAUGACUGAAACAAAAGAUAAAAGAUAUAACAAAUAUACGAAUGCAGAAAAUCAAAUCUUUAAUUGGUGAUUCCACUAUGCAAUAUCGACGAUGGUUUCUGUUGUAUCAACAUAUAGAGAUACAGGAAAUAUCAGUCAAUCUGAAAUAAGCGAAAAUGUAUGUUAACACAACAUUAUCAAGGCAAUGCAAAAUUUGUUAAAUUCAAAGUGAUAUCUUACGAUAAUCGGGGCUAUGCCCGUCUGCUUGUCCGUUUGUCCAUCUCUCUGUCUGUUCCCUCUUCGCGGCCAGAAGGUUGGACCAGUGGUUACGAUAUUUUUUAGGGUUACAAAGACCCUCAUCUGGAAGGGUUUUAGCGUUAAACAAAUCAGAAAGUAUGAUUCUUUCGUGGAUAUCGGUUUUUGAAUUGACGAACCAACUUCGCAUUUUUAUUAAAAAUUCACCGACGGCGAGUAACUCUGCAUUUUCAUCGUAUACUUGAUGGCUCCAUCGUAGAUACGAAGGCGAAAAUAAAUGGGAAAAAGUGUAUGUCAGUAUAUAGUGUGGGUGAUUAUUUAGUGGUUAAAAUGUGUCCGUCUCGAGCAGGAUUCGAAACGGCUAAUCGAAACGGCUGUUGUUUACAUCUUGGUUUUGUCAAUCAACAUAACCCACUAUAACAGAACAUCCAGACAUUAUUCGCAUAGAUCAGUGAAAGUUAAGUCUUGGUUUGAUUUUUUGCAACCCUAAAGAUUCAGCUCGUGCAUUUACUGCAAAUAUCGCACAUGGCCAGACUUUAGAUCUGUAUUUUAAACGACUACACAUUUCUGUAAGACAUCAACCAAUAAUCAAACAAUCAAACAUAUCCUCUUCAUGGAUGAUUUGAAUUUGUAUGAAAGGGAUAAGGCACAAAUGAGUUCUUUGUGGAACACGGUCCUUGCUUUAGUGUUGAUUUUAGAAAGUAACUUGGACUCAAGAAGUGUGGUAUAAUGUACACGAAAGGAGGCAAGGUAUAAUCACUGGAAUUACCUUCUAGAGAAUUGAUUAAACAAAUUGAAAAGAAAGGCCACAAAUGCCAUGGCAUACAAGAGUUCAACGAAACCAUGGAGAAGGAAAUGAAAGAACAACUUAGGGGUGGAAUAUUUCCGAAAACUAAGAUUGGUGUUGCACUCAAAGUUCACCGGAUGGAACUUAUCCGAAAACUAAGAUUGAUAUUGCGCUCAAAAUUGACCGGAUGGAAUAAAAUCCAAGCAGUUAAUAUAUGGGCAAUAACAUCAUUUAGGUAUGGAACUGGAAUCAUAAACUCACAAACGAAAGAACUGAUGAACAUAGAUAUGCAGUCAAGAAGAAUAUUGACGGUAUACAAAGACUUCUACAUUAAGAGAGGCACCGAUAAGUUAUACUUGCCCAGAAAAAAAAAAUGGGACAAGUUUGAUCAGCUGUUAGGAUUGUAUCAAAACAGAGGAAACCAACUUAAGGGUGGUAUGUAACCGUGGAACUAUCGUUGAAACAUAUGAAUAAGCCCGGCGUCAACAAAGUUGAUAAUUUGGUAAAGAAAGGAAGACUUAGAGAGGAAAAGAAGGCAAAGAAGAAACAGCUUGCUAGGAGAGAAAAUGUAUAGUCAGUUUGCAUGAGAUACGAACACGAAGACAGCUACAGAAGACCGGUGGCUAUGGAUGAGAAAUAGUGAUCUGAAAAUAGAGAACUAAGUACUAAUAUGAGAGACACAAGAACAAGUAUUACGAACUAUAUGAAGUGCAGUAUCGACGACACUAUCGAGAGUUACAAACGCGGAAGGUGUGGUGAGAGGGGUGAAACGGUAUGGCACGUCGUUAGCGAAUGUCCGAAAUUCGUACAACGCGAUUACAAAUGACGACAUGACAAUGUUGCGAGAACGAUACAUUGGGAGCACUAAGAAAACCACAGCCUAUAAAGGGCAAGACGUGGUCUGAGAAAACCCUCGAAGGAGCCACCGAAAAUGAAGAUUGCAAAAUCGUGUGGGAUGCAACGAUUCAGUUCGAUCGCCUGACCGGACAUCGGAAGCCGGACACUGAUGUGGCGAAUAAAAAAGAAAGAUUUUGCAUGAUAAUCAACAUAACAGACUCAUAGAAAAAGCUGAACAACUACGACGAUUUGAAGUGGGAAAUACGAAGGUUGUGGUAUAUGAAGAGAGAAGGCGUGAUAUCAAUAAUAACUGGCGCACUUCGAAUUAUCAGCACUUAUUAAGACUCAAACAGAUUGUACUUUAUUUACAUUUGACGGAUAUUUGUCCUCAUCUUGUUUAUUGUUAACACAACGUUUCGGCUUAUACCUGGUGCCUUCAUCAGGAGUCUUGGGGAAAUUUCGAACGAGAGUUCUCAUUCCUAAGGUAAUUUUUGAUUUUGUGGUUGUUGUUGAUUAUUAUUAUUAUUAUUAUUAUUAUUAUUAUUAUUAUUAUUAUUAUAUGGCGUAGUAGUUAAGAGCGCGGGCUACUAACUCUGAGUUCAAUUCCAAGCAGUGACUUGAAUAAUAAUAACAAUACUACUACUACUACUACUACUACUACUACUACUACUACUACUACUACUACUACUACUACUACUAAUAAUAAUAAUAAUAAUAA